UUCGGCUUUGUUUCGAGCAGAACAAAGAUGAUACGGUUUUCUUCCUAGGAAACAUUUUCCUGACUCCUAGUAAAAUGCCAUCCACAGCGCGAGACAGGGGCCUCGGAACAAUGAUCGCCGAAGUAGCCAGCCCUGCAGACUGUCCGGGGGAGUCCAGGGCCCAAGACGCAGGUGCAGCAGAGAACCUACUGUGUGCACGGGAGAGAAGAGAAACGAGUGAGACCCAGUUCCUGUCCUCAGUGCCUCUCAAGGCAGCAAAAGGAGUUGAGGCAUGAGUCGAGUACGUCGCCACCCUGCUCCAACGCAGCUUCUCACUGGACCAUCAGAAAGGGACUCCUGCUUUGUGGAUGGGUGUGAUUUACUCCCACGGGAAGAAGCUGAAGCCGAGGAAGACCCAGGCGGGCAAGCUGUGCGUGGCUGCCUUGCUGUGACCUGGGCCUCACGGCCCCGAUUUCCCUGCCCUAAGGGCAAAAGCGUCAGGCUGUGAAGGGUAGCAACUUCUGCCAUCCCCCAAAUGCCUCUUUGGCAUGAGGGUUAUUCUGAGCCGAUUAUUUUAAGAAACAGUAGACACAGGAGAAGCGCAGAAAACAGGGUAGCAGUUGCUCCUUUGUAAGAGAAAUUUGCAUGUACACAGGACAGCUCUGGGUGUGGGGGUGGCUCUCUCUCUACCAGAAAGAGAAGAGACUCUAAACCACAAGAAACUCUGAUCAGGGGACAAGGCGCCACUCAAAUCUGCACAAGCUUAUCCUGGUUUACUGUGCUUUUCCUGGUAACCUCCCCGUAACUGGACCCCCCGCGCCUUUCUGCCUUUUGUCUCUCGCUGAAGAUGAUAAUUCAGCCAGUGGCUUGAGCCACUCUUUUCUGGGUGUCUCCCGUGGAUGCGUCUUAAUCAACUUCCGUUUGUGUUUCUCUUGUUUUUCUGUCUUGUAUUGCAGGGCUCUCAGCCAAGGAAUGCAGAAGGGUAGAGGGAAAAUUCUUGUUUCUCCCCCACAACCAUCUCUGUCCUCUCCGGAAACACCAGGCCUGUCACUCUGAGAAGGGGACUCAGGAUCCUGGCUCAGCACCAGACCUUAGCUAUUGACCAAGGCCCCUGGCUGCCCUGAUGGGGCAGAAAUGAGACACAGCUCCCAAGAGGAAGGAGGGGCCCUGGCCUUGGGGAGGAGAGGCGGGGUGAGAAGGGCAGGGACUGGGCCGAGGGACCGGCCAGAGCUGAUCCCAGGAAAGAGGACCACCCUCCAGAACAGGCCCAGAGCCAUGUCAGUGCCCGAGAGAGGCGAGCGAGAAACAGACAACUCAGACCACACAUCCGCAGUUAUGCCCCCUGGGAUGGGGUCUUCUGCAUCCUGCCGUGUUCUGGGCAGGAUAACCAUCUCCUCGGGCCGCGGUCCUUAGGAGAAGACUUCUUCACAGCAAACCUGGAGAGGAAGAAAGGCCUGGAAGGGGAUCAGGGCAUGGCGCAGGCGGGAGGUGUCCCCUGCCCCGGGGCUGCCCCGGGCCGGCCCCUCGUGUUCAAGCUGGUCCUCUUGGGAAGUAGCUCUGUGGGCAAGUCCAGCUUGGCUCUCCGGUACGUGAAGAAUGACUUCAAGAGCAUCCUGCCCACCGUGGGAUGCGCGUUCUUCACGAAGGAGCUGGAGUCGGGCGCCGUGGCUGUGAAGCUGGAGAUCUGGGACACGGCCGGCCAGGAGAAGUACCACAGCGUCUGUCGCUUGUACUUCAGGGGCGCCAGUGGGGCCAUCUUGGUGUACGACAUCACCAGGAGGGGUUCCUUCUGCAAAGCCCAGCAGUGGCUGCAGGACCUCGAGAGGGAGGCGCCCCCGGGGGAGGUCGUGGUGAUGCUGGUUGGCAACAAGACGGAUGUCGGCGAGCAGCGGGAGGUGACGUUCCAGGAAGGGAAAGAGUUUGCGGAGAGCAAGAAAUUGCUGUUCAUGGAGGCCUCGGCCAAACUGAACCACCAGGUGACUGAGAUCUUUAGCACCAUAGCCCAAGAGCUGCUGCAGAGAGAAGACAGGAAGAAGGCCCAGCCGCAGAGGGGAGAUGCAGGGCUGGCUCUGAAGGGGCCACCUGCUGGGCAGGCCGGAUGCUGUGCCCACUAACAGCAGCCGCGCCAGGAAGCCCGGCUCCGGCUGCCCCUUGGGGUGAGCCACUGCCACGGCCACGUACUCUGAUUCCUCCUGAAGCAGGCUUGUUGCCGAGUCCUAGAGGUUCUGGAAGCUGGCAUCCUUGAGCCUUACCACUUCUCAAAGCCGGCGGGAAUCAUUCAGGAGAGGAGCCAGUGACAACGGGCUCCCAGGGGUGAUGAGAGAAAUUGUCCCCUUUUAGGGUUUGUGGGCCUUGGUACGGGGAAGCUGGACUUUAACAUCUACCAAGGGACGAAAACUUUUCAAAGCAGUUGCUCCGUUUCUGCCCCCAGCACACUUUGUACAUCCGCUUCGUUAAAAACAAAACAAAACAAAACA